GCAGAGAAACAUGAGAGGACGGCACUGACGGCACUGGGCUUUUAUUUUGAAACAAAUCUUCUCAAAAAACAUUUGCAAUUUUUUUAUAUACCUUUCACAAAGAAGAUGACUCUUCCCCUGGUGAUGCUGGGGGUCGUCAUGGUGACGGAGGUGAUCCAAGUGGAGACUACGCGGGUCAUGAGUGGUCAAAGGGUGUGUUUGGACGACGCCGAGCGGCCCUGCUACAAGAUCGCCUACUUCCAUGACGUGUCGAGCCGCGUCUCGUUCAUGGAGGCGUGGGAGGCCUGUGAGAUGGACGGAGGGUCACUGCUGAGCAUCGACAACGCCAGCGAGCAGAGGGACAUCGAACACCUGCUGCAGGCCAUGCGCUCCGGUGCAGUGGGGAUGGCAGGAAGAGGUGGCGGGAUCGCCGACGGAGACUUCUGGAUAGGUCUGAAACGAGUGGAUGGAGGUGAAAGGACUCGUGCAGAGCUGGGGGGCUCCUUCACUUCCUGUCCGCAGCUGUACCAGUGGACCGACGGCAGCGUGUCCUCCUUCAGGAACUGGUACUUUGACGAGCCGUCCUGUGGAGGGGAGGCCUGCGUCGUCAUGUACCAUCAGCCCACUGCACUUCCUGGUCUGGGCGGGGCUUAUCUCCACCAAUGGAACGACGACCGUUGCAACAUGAAGCACAACUUCAUCUGCAAGUAUGAGCCAGAGAGCCACCUGGUGAAGGAGCACGGAGACACACCUGGGGGGCGGCACACAGCAGUGACUGCAGGUGGAGACGUGGUCACUGCAGGGGAUGAGGACAUCCCACCAAACAUCACAAAGGCUGGAGCUUCAGGGAUGUUGCUGCUAUACGUCGUCAUUCCUACAAUCCCACUGCUGCUGCUCAUCCUGGUGGCUUCUGGGACGUGUUGUUUCCAGACGCUGAGCCCGAGAAACCCGCGCACCAAGACCGCCGCCCCCCACUCCAACCUGUGGAUCUCCCAAACCUCGCCCAAAGCUGACACCAUGGAGGUGUGACAUCACCGCUCUGCCACGGCGUCACACCACAGAGUCCUUUAACUGACACUUCCACUUCCUGUUUGACUGUGGACCCUUCCCCGUCUCCUUUCCUUCUGCUGCUCCUUUGCUUUCGUCUCCUCUCUCAUCCAGUCUGUAUUGUCUCUGUCUGUCUGUCCUCGUGUCCCUCCCCCCGCCAUUGAUUAAACACAUGUACCGUAUUGGCCCGAAUAGAAGACGGUGUUUUUUGCAUCGAAAUAAGACUGAAAAAGUGGGGAUCGUCUUACAUUCGGGGUCUAGACGUUAUACCCAUCACAACGCUAGAUGGAGCCAGGCCAAAACCAACCCCUGUCAUGAAGAAGAAAAAUAAAAAAUAACGGUAAGAAAGAAAAGAAAAAGAUAAAAUGGAGAAACGUAGCGACAAUCUGGAGAAAAGUGGGUGGAAGAUCGACAGCUGAGGAGAAG